AUGUCCCUCACAUCUCGACACCCGCUCCGCAAGAGCUGCAGCUUCUGCCGCGCACGCAAGAUCAAGUGCAGCAACGAAACCAUCUGCGAGGCCUGUCGGAAGCAAAAUGUCGACUGCGUUUACGACUGGGACUCGCGGCCGCCAAAGGCCCGCACCGUAUCCCAGGACAUGACCAGAAACAACAGCACCGGCGAUAGCGCCGUCCCGGUACCACAACGCCAGAGGGCUUCAACAGGUGGCUCGCCGUAUUCGACACCCAUCAUGGAGGAGCCUGCGCAGAUGGAGGGAAGUGGUACAGCACCCGUCGCUCUCAUGGGCGGCGGCGAGGACGUGGCCAGCAUGCUUAACAGCAUGUUCAUCGAAAACUUUGGCGAGAACCCGGCGCCCGGUCCCAAGUCGAACCCGUGGCAGGAGAGGAUAUCGGCAUAUAACCAGACCCUCCGCUUGACCUUGCAGGACCGGAGCGAAAAUGUCGUCAACUCAAAGUUCAGUCAUCGGGAUGUCAAGUACACUGGCAUCCUGCAGCUUCUCACUCACGACUUGGUUGGCCUUGUGGUUGAUAAGUUUGGCGGGCUGGGUUCCAUCUUCAUGGAACAGGGCGGCGGUAGAUUCUAUCUCACAGGCCUCGCGAGCGACGCCACACCAUCCAUGUUCGAGACGACACCGACAGGACCGAGCCCCCUGACCGACUAUGGCACUCGACAGAUCGGACAGCUGGUUGAUGUGUGGUACAGCGUCCAUCCUCUCUCCUUCCUCGUCUCCAAAACCCUACUCCUUCGCGAACUGAGAGACGGCACGCACGACGAGGUUCUCCUGGCAGUGAUCCUCGCCGACGCAUCUUUCUCGCUCGGCGACGAGGUUGCCAUGGCGAGAGGACACGUCCUCCUCCGAUGGGCCUCGGCCCAACUCCAAAACCGCCCCAUCUCAACCCGGGUCAGCCAGCCGGGCAUGCCCGGCGCCGGCAUCUCCCUCCCCGGCAUCAGCACAGCGCAGGUCCUGAUGCUCCUGGGCUGGAACAGCCUCUGCCAGGGGCAGAUCAAGCGCGCCACCUGCUAUAUUGGUCUCUCCGGGCGCCUGGCAACCGAGAUCAAAGACACCAUCUCGGCGUCCUCGGCGCCCCUUACCACCAGCCGCAUCAACGGCAUCGACGUCUGCGAGGUGGAAAAGGAAAUCGUCGCCUACCUCUACUGGACGACCUACACCCUCACGCUCUGGACCUUUUUGCAAAUGGGCACCCACUUCUCGCAGCUGCUUCCCACGAGCCUCACCUCCAUCUUCCUCCCCGUCGACGAGACCUCCUCCGUGCUGAUGCGCCUCGACGAGGUCUCGGACAACUUCUCCACGCUGCAGAAGCAGAAGAGCAUGAUCAAGGAGAUGUGGCCCCUCGCCCACAUCGCCUCCAUCACGGCCUACAUCUUCGCCCUCUACCCGCAGGAGCCCGACCCCAAUGAGACCGUCAGCACAAACUUUUGGCAAGAGGCACCCCUGCUGGCUCUCCAGCGCAUCCAGCAGGGCAGCACCCCACAGGACAUGGAGUGCGUCUGCCGCGAGGUCUACCGCGUCCUGAUGGAGAGUAUCCACCUCCUCAACCGUCAGGUCGCCCACGAACCCUCCCGCUCCCUCGUCCUCUCUGUCUACCACACCAUGGCCAUCCACCUCCUCUUCCCGGCCAUCCUGCCCGGCGCCCCUCCCCCGGCAGAGCCCUUCACCCUCACGGCAGAGACGGUCGAGCGCUUCAUCGGCUCGGCACAGGAGCUCGUGGGCAUCAUGCUCCACAUUGCGGAGCAGACAUCCCAGGAAGGGCCUGUCAUCAUGCCAGCGCAGAGCAAGAACUCGUUCCCCGACGUCUUCUGUCUGGCAUUGGAUACCUGCGCCCGAGGUCUCAGCUUCAUCUACGCGCAACAGCAAGCCGGUAUCCUAAACAUGGAGCCGCAGAUGAUCGCCGUCUACGAGGGACGCCUCGAAGCCUUGGCAUCCCGUCUCCUGGGCAUCGCGGCCUCCGACUUUCUCUCCCCGGGCGGCCAGGUCCGCGCCAUAAAGAAGCACCUCAAAGCCGUCAUGCGCGCGUUCGGCGGCCAUGUUAGCAGCAGCAGCAGCAGCAAAAGCAAAAGCAACAGGAACAGCACGGGAAGCGGCAUGAGCAUCCCCAUCAGCAUUAGCCACACGCGCUCCGACUCGUACGCCUCGUCGUCCACGACCCACUCCAUGUCGCGCCGCAACUCCUCCCUCCCGCACACCCCGCCGCAGCAGCAGCACCACCACGACCAGUUCUCGGGUGCUCCGACAGCCGUGGACUCAACGGCCUCGUCCUUCAUCAGCCCCAUGGACACGUCGAUGCUGCCGUCCGUCUCGUCUUCAUCUUCGGCGGACGACUCCAUGACGUCGACGAGCGAGCUGGCCACGCCCUUCCACCCGUUCAGCCCCGAGGGCAACAAGCAACAGAACGACUGGCACGCCGCGGACGAGCUGUUUGCUCAUGUCAUGGACCCCGCGGCGCUGGGGGCACCGACGGGCGACCAUCACCUUACCCUUGCGGACCUGGUAGACUGCCAGGCUGGCGCGGCGGGGUGGUUCCCUGACCACGGCGGGCAGAUGCUCGUCGACUUCGACAUGGGGGCCUCGCAGUUGGCGGCCAACUGGGAGUGGCCGUCCGUGUCCGACAUGGGUGGUCACGAGGCAGGCAUGACUGCGGCGGCGGCCGCGGUGGGGAGUGACAUGGACGCCAUGUUUUACAACUAUUUCAAGAAAUGA